AUGAGGAAUUUCACUACGCCGCAAUCCGCUCGAUGCGCCAGCUCAGGCUGUGAGUGCAAGGCCUUCCUGCCCACCAUCAACGCUGUUCGCCAGUGCUCGUCUUGCUCGCACUCCUGGGUCUUCCAUGCCUGCUCAAAGUUUCAAAGCCUGCCCCCAUUCUUCGGCACCAGCAUCAAAUCUGACCCGAAUCUGAUCAUCGUCAUGUUCGAGACAAUGGGCAUGGCCUUGCUGGGUUGUCACUCGAUUCCGACGAGGAUAAAAAUCCUGCUUGAUCGAAUUUGGUCUACAAGUAGACUGCAAGUUGACCUGACGCAAUUUCUGCUCUCGUUUGGUUGGACACUACAGGACUACACGCGUGGCUACAUGCUCACGGAUCACAGGGGUCAGCUGCGUGAUCGGUGGGUGUGCUGCCGGAUUGAGGAGGAGACCGUCAUCAUUCAGCAGUUCCUUCGUUUCCUGGAAACCCGUCAUCUAGCCCACGACAUGCUCGCUAGUCUCGACGCUGAGAAGUCGCAGUUUCCGCGCGAAAACCUCCCGCAGCCUCAGCCGCCAGCCGACUACCUCCUCGGUCCGCUGCCGCCGAAUCUUGCCGGAAAACAGGAGGCGAUGAAGAAGGACUCGGCGGAACUGCCGACGGCGUUCCCCACCGUCAAUCUAGGAACGGAUUUGAGCGCUCGGUUCGUGGCGGCCAUGGCUGCUGCCGCGUUCACCUCGAAGAUGCCCUUUCCGAAGCUCCCUGGCUCUCUCCCCAUGCCGCCUCUUCUGCCUCCGUGGUGCAAGGCCGACAACACGACACCCAGUUCCAGCGAGGCUCUCCCGAUUCCACCAAUUCCCAGUUUUCCCUUUCCACCACCACCGAUUCCAACGUCUUCCACGGCUUCGAUGGAAGUGAUUGACGCCACCGCUGGAGCCUUCAAGGCUAGCGUCAACGACCGGAAAAAGUGUCUUGGUGACCUCUUCGACAUCUGGAGCACUCCAUUCACCAACAUACCAGAGAGCAAGGCGACGUCAAGCGACCAAAAAAUGGAGCCAAGGACGCCAAUGGACUUUACAACAGACUUAUCUGGCCCUGGUAAAACCCCAGCCUACCAAAGAUCGCCUCGCGCAACAUCGACCAAGAAGAUGUCGUCUGAGUACAAGCGACCGCAUCAUAGCGGCGGCAGCAGCUCAGCCUUCAGUGACUGCAAGCAGGAGGGUAGACAAGGUACCGCUACAGUUCAGCGUGAUCCACUCGCCUUAAAUUUGACUGGACGCAACAAAAAACGCGUGCUCUGCACAACGUGCAAGAAGUCGUUUUGCGACAAGGGCGCUCUGAAGAUACACUUCAGCGCUGUGCACCUACGAGAGAUGCACAAAUGCACCAUCAGGGGAUGCAACAUGUGGUUCAGUUCAAGACGCAGCCGAAAUCGACACUCAGCGAACCCAAAUCCACGACUACACGUGACUCACCCCGGCAAAAGACUGCCGGAGAACGCUGCGAUUGUUGACGAUGGGAGCGGUGAAACCGUGUUCCAGAGAAGCCAAAUGCCGAGCGCUGUUCUUAAUCCGCCAAUUCUCUCCCCGUUCAUAGCCAGGUCGCCCUCACCACAAGGCUCCCUUCUGAACCAAUCAGAUCCCGGAAUCCAGAUCGCCUCGAGUCUGUGCCAAUCACAAGGCGAGAUGCAACGCCAGACGCCAGAGUCCAGCGACGAGGGCAUCUUCAUUCCUGAACGCGAGAAGGAGUCUGAGGAGGGAUCGUUGAGUUGCCACUCCAACCACCGUUCCCCCACAACCGAGUUCUCUGCCUUCAACCUAGCUCAGUCUUCACCAUCACCAUCGUCUUCUCACCACUGCAGCACUUCGCCCCUCCAACUUCAUAACUCGUCUUUGAGUGACGAAAACAAGGGAUUUGGCAGUGCUCCUCAGGCCUAA